UAACACUAGGCAUCUAUGUCACAUACCUCAUUUUUCUCGAGGACUUCAGGGAUAAGGUGCUGGAGGAUAUGUAUGGUAUCCGACCCUGCACUAUCCCACCUAUAGAUACAGGAACAGAUGCAACCUUUGAGUAUUCUAUCAUAGCAAACCUUCUCCUGGUUGUUGCUUGUGUUGGUUGCAGUAGAUGGCUCCUGGUUCCCUGGUUAGUAAUGUAUCUCCUGAAUACUAUUCUCCUGCUCUGCCUCGCUAUCGGUAUGUUCGUGGUUCCUCUCCCCAUCCUUCACCAGAACAUGAACAACACUAUCGAGUAUCAGAUGCUCAGAUGUUUGGGGUUUAUACCUUUAAUGUUGGCUGCUGCAGUAGCAUAUUUCUGGUUGGUUAUCAGAUCGCUCUUUAUUGAGAUGGGUAAGGGCGAGAAAACUGAAGGAGAUAUCUGCUGUCCUAUCAAGAUGAAAACAGGAGUUCAGAUAAUUGGCGGGGUUCUCUCUAUCCUGAGUGGAGUGCUGCUAGUUUUAUACUUUGCUAAACUAGAUUCCCUCAUCAGUGCAAAAUAUCAGCAGAGCUUUGGAAAGGAGAUGAGCCGGGCCCAGUUAACCCUGAUCGCUGGUUCAAUACUCCUCGCUGUUAUGGUCAACAUUCUUCUCAUACUCGGGGGAACAGGGAAAAAAUGGAGACGAGCUCUACUCCUGCCCUGGCUUCUCUUCUAUGGUGCAGGAAUAAUACUUUGUUUAAUCCUUCAUCUUUACUAUACAUCACUUUGCUGGAGGGAGGAGAAGAUCAUUGGUAUGGUUUGCCUGGGUUCAGGUUUCCUGUUCCUUGUUAUCUGGUCUCUAGUUUGGAUUGUAGCAGCUGAGAUGGGAGACAAACAAAAAACCCUGAUCUCCAGACCAAACCCUUUGGGGUUUCAACGUCUUUAAGCUCCUACUCUAACCUCGGUCUGGAACUAACCCCGGAGAGAUCCGGGAGAGAUAAUACUCAUUCGAAUGUUUCCAGUAUUUUGAACCAACCUGAUAUUUUUGACCUCCUAGUUAAACCUUCUCUAAUAUCUUCCAAGUGUUCUAACCCUGAGCGUAUUGUUGAACUGAGCUGUUCUACUGAACCUGGAGAAAAAAUUCGAACCCUACCAAGGAGCAGGGUUCACUCUAAGUAUAUUUUAUCAGAUAAAAAGAGUUUCCGAGAUGAAGAUUUAGUCUGGCUGUGAUUCAUUUAUUUAAAAUAUACCCUGACUCCGCUAAACUUUCUGUCUAGGGAACUAAAUACUUGCAUCAAACCAUAAUUUUCUAAUUUUUAUAUCUUUGCAAUUCGAUUUCAUAGAUUUUUGAUAUUUCAAACAACACAGUGUGCUAUAUCGAUAAUUAAUGGUUUACACCAACAGGUUGUAAAGAUAUAGAGAUUUUAAUAUUGAAGUUUGCAUGGCAAUUAAUCGGUUCCUUUCUUUUAGUUCUGUCAAAGAGAAAGGGUUUGUUGACAUUUACUCUUCUAAUAUACUAACCAACGAUACUAACCUAAACACCGUU